GCAGUGUAGCGACUCUCCCCACUACAUCAUGAAGACUCUGGUUUUGUUUGGCGUGAUUGCCGCGGCCCUGGCUGCUCCCAUCCCUGAAGCCUCGUCUGUGCUGGCCGUCCACGGUGCUCUACCAUAUGGUGUAGCUCCUGCAGGUGUCCAUGUGGCUGCUGCCCCCUUGCCCCAUGCUGUAUCUUAUGUUGCUCCUGUUGCCCAUGCUGCUUCCUACGCUCCUGCCCCAGUACCCGUCGCUCUGCCCCCAGCACAAGUGCAGGUGCCCAUCACCCGUACUCAUGUGGAGGUGCCUGUUCACCAGAAGGUCCACUACGGCACUCAGAAUUACGUAGCCGGAGCCACCACCACCAUCCAUAAGCCAUCCCUGGCUGCCCCCGCCAUCGCACCACCCACCGUCCUCCUCCCCAAGGUCACUCACAAUGCCCCAGAGGUCACCAUCCAGCACCAGGAGAUCCCUGUCGAGAAACACACCCCUAACUUCGUCGACACCCCCUACCACGCUGGUACCAUCAUCCAGUACACUAAGCCUGAGAUCAAGGAGAUCAAGGUGCCCACACCAUAUGCCCAGCCAGUACCCGUGCCUCACCCCGUGCCCGUCGCUCAGCCCGUGCCCACUCCAGUGCACUCCGUCCACCAGGCUGCCCACUAUGGUGCACAUGUCGCUGCCCCCGUGAGGUAUGGUGCUGUCUUCCAACACGGUUAUUAAGAAAAGAAGUCAGGAUCCUCCGUAGAUAUUCACGCCAACACGAGUCUCUCUGAUGUAGAUAUUCUAUCAUAUCACGUUUUAUAAAUAAAUGAAAAAAUCA